CACUCACGCCUCAACACCUAUGUGAGCUAUAGCUCCCUAUAGCCCUCCUCUACACUUCUCACUCAAACGCAUACACGCUAUCUAUACUGCCUCCAGUCGACUAGCCUCACGCCGCCUCUCACUUAUACCUGCAUGUCUUUCAAGCUGCGUCAUCCGCGCGGCUGCCUCUUGUACCCCGGGACCCUCGACCGCCUCACACUGCUGACCGGCCACCUGAGGCAACCCUCACUUUGAAGCUGCACCCGCGUUAAAUACACCUGGUCGCCAGCGGGAAGCUGUGCACGUAGAAUAGCAGCCCACUCCCUGUGUUGCCUAGCAUGUUCUCUGAAUAUGCCUCCAAGUUCCUCUCCCAGUCUCAGUCGCGGCUGUCACUGGGUCAGCCCGAGUCCUCUUUCAACCGCAACCCCUCGGACAGGCAGCGCCCUUCGUCGCGGGCAGCCCAAGCAUACCUCCAGCGUCGCAACAUGCCGAACCCUUAUAAUUCCCAGGCCAUGAGCCGAUUUGCCUUUGCUUCGCGCACCUCGAACGCGCCCGCCCCGCUGUUCUACUCUGCCACCGACGACUUCCGCGAAGAGGACGACCAUGUGGAGCACGAUCGCGAGAUGGCAGAUCACUACGCUCUGCAAAGAUCACGGCGGCAGUUUGGCGCGAGCAACCUCUCUGAAUCAUCCGAGGUCGACGACGACGGAGUGCAGAGAUCGGAUCAUACCAUAGAAGGCGAUAGAGACGAGAACGACGCACCCGGCUAUGGUCUAGGAAGAGGAAUCAAGAGCUCGUGGAAAGGUGACAAGCCAGCACGAGGGAGGUCAUCUACAAUCAACAACAGAGAAGACGAAGAGCGGGAGUCGAGCGUUCCUCUAUCCGAGUCAACGAAUCCAAGUAGCAGAGGGAGGGGCAAACUAGUCGAUGUCGAGCUCGAGUCCACAGAUCGAGGGAGCAUCGAAGAGCUGGAGAGAGACGAACUAUUAGGGCACCAAGACGACCCUCCACCCUCGUACCAAGCGUUCCGAAAUAUGCCAAGACCGAAACGCGGUCGCAGUCCCCUAAGAUCAGCGUUACCCAUACCGCAGGAGACCGACGAAGAUACGCUGUUAGAACACGCGCGACCAAUAAGUCCAGACCGCCAGACCGUUCCAGACAUCGUCCCAGACAACCCAAUAUCCCCCCCGAGACAUAACUUUUUCUGGGCCGAGGUAUUUAUUAUAGUCCAGUGCGCCAUUCUCGGGGUAUGGUUCAUCUCCCUGCUACAAGAAUCGCCGCCAAACAAGAAGAACCCACUCGGAGAUACAAUAUACACCGUCCUACAUUCAUCAUUUCACCUCAUCGGAGUAUACUCCCUCGUCUCAAUAGUAGUUGGACUACUGUGGCUAUCACUGCUUCGAUCAUUUGCUCGACCCCUCGUCAUGCUCAUGCUCUUUGCAGUUCCGGUCAUAUCGUUCUCAUUCUUCUUAUACCCGCUCGUGUCAAGCUUCAAGGGCUCAUGGCACGGUGACAGCGUCCAAGACCGAGUUAUGAGAUGGCUAUCAUUCGGUCCACUUUGUUUUACCGUCUUCUGGGUCUACACCAUUUUCAAGGCACGACAUUCGCUGGAGAAAGCUACCGGUAUGCUAGAAUUCUCCAGCGACAUCUUGAGAGCACAGUUUCCCUUGCUUCUCGUGGGCAUUGCUACCUUGACCGCUGUCAUCCUCUGGUCCUGGAUAUGGAUCCUCAUGUUCACACGCCUCUUCCUUGGCGGUCAUUUUGCAAGCAACAAAUCUCGUUGGAUUAUCGACACGAGCACUUGGUGGCUUGGAAUUGCAUUCUUCUUGGACUACUUUUGGACCCUCGGUGUCAUCGCUGGUGUACAAAGAGCGACUACCGCAGCCACGGUGUCCCAGUGGUACUUCCAUCGUAACAGCGUUCCUGCACCCGCAGCUCGCACAGUGGUGCAAGCAAGUCUUAGUCACGCAACGUAUACCAUGGCUGGCACGAUUUGCAUGUCAACCCUUAUCUCGCUCCUGGUUCGCCUUCCGCUCAUCGUUCUCCCAAGACGACUUGCCGGCAUGGUUAGCAUGUGCGCAUACAGCCUUGUUCCGACGCCGAUUGCUGCACUUACCAACCCGCUUACGCUUACAUUUGCGAGUAUCCAUGGGGUUCCACUCAACCAGGCGGCGAGGGGUUUGAGUCAGAUGAACUUCAUCUCUGCUGCGUCUCCUACUACGACACUAGGCCCGAGGGACUUCAAAAAUCACGGCGGGCCGUCAAUACAAUCCUACCGGCUCGCCAAGUUGCUUCUCCAUGCUAUUCGCUGGGUCAUCACACUUUCUCUUGGCUUUGGAGGAUGGGUGUCUACAGCGCGCAUGCUUCAAAUCGGCGCCGAAACAGUACCGUACAAAGGCAGUCUAUACGCAUAUGUCGUGGGCUUGAUCAGCGCGGCGAUCGGCUGGGGCGCUCUGGGCGCAAUGGAGGGUGUCUUGGGCGGUAUCCUAGAUGCAGUGCUUGUAUGCUGGGGCAGCGAAGUCGGUACAGAUGGACAUGGAGAGGCAAGAUACUGCGUCGAGGUUGGACGUUUAUUUGGAAACGAAGUCCCAGGACCAGGGCGGGCGCGAUAUGAAGUCUAAUACCACGGAGCGGGUAGAUUUUGCAUCUCCCGGGCGUUUCCUGUUACCCUUUUUGGCGUUUGAAUACAUGCCACCUAAAGAUGGAACUCGCACAUGAUGGCCCCGGCGCUUUGGGUAUAUACCUCAUCAUGUUAGACUGCGUUUGGUUCUAUUCGGUGUGUUGUUACUUUUUUUGGAAGGGGCGAAUUCAUCAUCGCUUUUUGAGACUUGGAUAUGCUCGUGUUUCAACCACUCUAUCCUUUCUAACUUGUAGCUCCUUCUUAUUCAGCUUUUUAGCCUUAUAUCAAUCAAUCAAUAUUAUAUCAUUCAGUAUGG